CGUACGGAAUCUUCUUAUAGUUUUUAAUUUGGGAAAAGAUGAUUUUGAGCCAAAUUCUUUGACUUGUCAUUUGUGAUUGAGUUAAAUACGUUAAUAUUUGCACAUACUUUUAUCAUUGAAUCAAAUACUUGAUAUUUAGACAUAAAUAUUGACAUUGGCUUUUCCAAGAGCGCUAAACAAAACCAUGAGCUUUAAACAUAUCUCGUCAGUACUAAUUACAUAGUGGAGGCGAGAGUCCCAUUCAUUGGAAUUUGGAUAACAAUUGACCUAUUGGUAGAGUCAUUUACCAUGUCCAUGACUGGAGUGGGAGGGAAACAAGAGGAAAUGGAAAUGGAAAUGGAAAUGAGAGCAAAGCAAGACUUCGACUCUGGACAAGACAUAACCCCACCCAUUCUUCCUAUUUCCUUUUCCCUCUACGAUUCUGUCCUCUCUUCCCAUUGCUCCUCUUGCUUCUCCCGUCUCCCCCCUACCGUCGCCCAUGUUCCCCGCCAUGUGCCUCUCUAUUGCUCCCCCGCCUGCUACUCCUCCCACUCCCCUCUCCAUUCCUCCAGCGCCGAAUCCCUCCUACCCCCCACCUGUCCUGACUCCUCCGACCUCCGCACCGCUCUCCGCCUCCUCCAAUCCCUCCCCUCCACGCCUCCCCACCUCCACCGCAUUGACGGCCUCCUCACCAACCAUCAUAUGCUGACUUCGUCAUCUCCCGAAGUCGCAGCCAAAAUUCGGCAGGGAGCUAUAGCCAUGGCCGCCGCGAGGAAAUCACGAAACAGAGAUAACGAAGGACAAAGCGACGGCUUUUUACUGGAAGAGGCCGUCUUAAGCUUAAUCAUAACAAACGCCGUGGAAGUGCAAGACGAGAGUGGGCGCUCUCUAGGGAUCGCCGUAUACGAUCUGAGUUUCUCUUGGAUCAAUCACAGCUGUUCUCCCAACGCUUGUUACCGAUUCUCAAUCUCGUCCCCCCAUGCGACGUCGUCGUUUCGGGAAGAUUCCAGUUCCACGCUAAGGAUCGUUCCUAGCGUUUCAGGGGAAGAGUGUGAUGCUUGUGGCUGUGUUGAGCACACAAAAGGGAAUAAGGGAUACGAAUUAGGUCCUAAGAUUAUAGUGCGGAGUAUUAAGAGGAUUAGAAAGGGGGAGGAAGUUUGUGUUUCAUACACUGAUUUGCUGCAACCGAAGGCAAUGAGGCAAUCGGAGUUGCGGUCUAAGUAUCAAUUUACCUGUUCUUGUAGCCGAUGUAGUGCAUCACCCACAACCUAUGUUGAUCGUGCUUUAGAGGAAAUUUCUACUUGCAAUCUCAGCUUUUCAAGCUCAAGCUUCGAUCAUAACCUUUAUAGGGAUGAGGCAUCUAAAAGGGUGUACAGUUACAUGGAUGAAACUAUAACUGAGUUUUUGUCAGUUGGUGAUCCUGAAUCUUGCUGUGAGAAGCUUGAGAGCAUACUAAACCUAGGUCUUCACAUUGAACAAGUAGAAAGCAAGGAUGGAAAAUCACAGCUAAAUUUCAAGUUGCAUCCUUUUCACCAUCUUGCUCUUAAUGCUUACACAACUCUCACUUCUGCAUAUAGAAUCUGUUCGAGUGAUUUAUUGGCCCUCCAUCCAGAGAUAGAUGAAUGUCAAUUGAAAGCAUUUGACACGAAUAGGACCAGUGCAGCUUACUCUUUGUUGCUGGCAGGUGCAACUCACCAUCUGUUUUGCUCAGAAUCUUCUUUGAUUGCAUCUGCUGCAAAUUUCUGGACAAAUGCAGGGGAAUCUUUAGUAACCCUUGCUAGAAGCUCUCUGUGGAACUUGUUUGUGAAGUGGGGCUUUCCUAUUUCAGAAGUGUCUACAAUUGCAAAGCAUAAAUGCUCCAAGUGCUCAUUGAUGGACAUAUUUGAUGCCAAAUCAAUCCUUAGCCAAGCACAGAGAGUGAAUUUCGAGCAUAUAUCUAGUGACUUUCUUGAUUGUGUGAGCAACAUGACAGCGAAGAUUUGGAGGUUUCUGGCUCGUGGUUGUCAUUACUUGGAAAUAUUUGAAGAUCCUUUUGAUUUCAGAUGGCUUGGACAAUCAUGGGAUUUUCAUGCUGAUGCGAACCGCAAUGAUGAGGAUUCCAAAUUCAUAACAGAGGGUAGCUAUAAACAUCAGGCACAAUGGUAUACUAAGGAAAGAAGGAUACACAUGUACGAGGUUGGUAUCCAUUGCUUACUGUAUGGAGGAAUUUUAGCACACAUUUGUUAUGGACAGAAUUCCCAAUUAAGCACUCAUGUUUUGAACAUUUUGUAUGGUGUAGAUAGCAUUGUACAUUGAUUCAGGAGACAAAUUAACUUUGUGAACACAAGCAAAUUUGGCAUGCAAAUGUUUGUGAGAGACAAAUCUUAGAAACAAUUUAAUGUUAUGUUUUCAGUAAUUUAGAUUUUUUAUAGCAAA